AUGGCGCGACGAAAUGAAUUGCUGGAGAACGUGGAAACCGUUGCUGUCGGCGGCGUGGUCACACAGGGGGUCCUGCUGCUGUGGGAGCAGUACUCUGAGUCAGAGAGCGAACACCACAGUUAUCACGCCCAACGAAGCCUAGCAGGUCUCCUCCUCCUGGCUCUGAGAGUGGCGCUGUCCCUCCUGCUGGCCUCCGUCCUCUACCAGAUCGUCUCCACAGAGAGGAGCACCCUGAAGAGAGACUUCUACCUCUGCUUUGCUAAGGGCUGCUUCCUGUGGUUCCUUUGUCACCCCGUCCUCGUCCUCAUGUCUGUGGUCUUCAACGACCACCAGAGGGAAAAGGUCAUCACCAUCGGCGUGAUCCUCUGUCAGUCCAUCUCCAUGGUGAUCCUCUACCAGCUCUUCCUGUCCCGCUCGCUCUACUGGGAGGUGUCCUCCCUCUCCUCCGUGUCUUUGCCGCUCACCAUGUCCAGAACGAACCACAGGGGGCGCCUAUGAGCACAGAUAGCGAGGUUACGGUGAGAACUGAAGCGUCUCUGUCAGACGCAGCAGGAGAUGUCCCCCUGCACCGUCCUCUGUCCCACGUUAGAGCUACCACUGAGCCGUGGACAGAGGACAGUACUUACUGCAACAUACUACCUCUGACUUCUAACUGGAGCCUCUGGGAUGCAAAAUGCAUGGCCAAGCAUGCAUCGGCUGGCGAGGUAGACGUCAGCAGAAAACCAUGAGGAAGAACUUGAGAGAGUGCAAAAUCACAAGCAAUCACAAUUAGAUUGUUUUUAAAGGCUUUACCUGCAAAUCGCUGAGUCAGCCACAAUUGGGGCAGUCUGCAUGUAGAUAGGCUUCCCCGCAACAGUUUUCAUUCCCCUUUUACCACAAGCUUGAGCUUAUUUUAUUAGCAUUUUAUGUGAUAGACCAACAUGAAUUAAAGUGGAGCGUAACUGUGAAGUGGAAGGACAAAAACAUGGUGUUCAGGGUGUCAGUUUCAGUUUCCCAAUAAGCAAAACUUCAAUUCUGGUCUCUCCUGAGGCCUUCGCAGAACAUCUGGAUUUAAUUCUGAAAUGUAAUUACAAAUUAAUGGAUGCUGUUUACUAAUUGCUAGUAAAGACAGUGGAUUGUAUUCCAGGGUAUCAUCAGGGUUAAGGGAGAUGAAAACAAAUGUACGCCACUUCUAUGUUGGUGUGCAAUAAAUUUUUUGGUGUUUUUUAAUGCGUUCUAGCUAAACUUCUCUUUUUCCUAAUGAAAUCCUAAUAAAAUGUGGUUCUAGUGUGAGUAUUCAAGAGGGAAAAGAAAUCUCCAAUACUGACGUUUUUCCUCUCAAAAUUCAGACUUGUAGCAUAAAAUUCUAACUUAAAUCAUAGAAUGUCAGAAGUCUGACUUUUAUUUCUUGAUUUUUUCCAGAUUUCUGUCAUUAAUGUGAGAAUUUUUAUUUUUUAUUUUUUUUAUUCUACACUGAAUCUCAGAAUUCUAACUUUUUUCUCUCAGGAUUCUGAUGUCAGAACUAUUUUUGUCUCCGCAAGAUUAGAGACUUUGAGAGAAAUUAAAGCAGCAUGAGUCUUUGCAUAGCCAACGUGAUUUUUAUGUUAUGAUUAUUUCUGUCACAAAAGCUGUACUGUUAUGUAACUGUCAACAUAAAUGUAGGAGCUGACAGCAUGUGAGACGCAAACCAUUGAAACGACAUUAACUCUCUGUAGCUGCAGCGAACUGCAUGACUCUGAAUGGGCAGAAAUGGUGAGUUUUCUGAAAAAAUCAUUUUUACAAGAGAUCCACUGUGUAAAUACACUCCUGUGAUUUUUUGUUUACUUCUGUCACCGGGCUAAAUCUGACUUACGUUAGUGUCAAAACAAAACAGAGGACGGUGGGAUCAUAUAAUUUGGAAAAAAAACAAACAUGCAGAACAGGUGCCAAGAAAGAAACUGACCUAUUUAUUUGUCUGUUUGUUUAUUUUUUAAGUGAUUUAAAAAAAAAAAAAAAGAAAAGGCAGCAUCCAACACCACUACUUCUCAUUCUGUUUGGUCAGAGGCGAUAUUUAAAAAUAUACUUGAAUGUAAAGCCUUUGUCAGCUGUUAUAAAUGCGCAAAAUGAUAUCAGCUCAUAUUGCUUUGCACUGAAACAGUGCAUGUGUCAAACGUUGCGUUAUGUUUUAAAUUGCAGCACAGAGACAAUCUAAUAUAUAGUGGAUUAUGUAAUUAUUCAAACUUGAAUGUCCAUAAUUUAUGUCACUUGUGGAAAUAAAACGAGCAAACAUGGCAACUGUAACGAGUUCACUGGAAUUGGUUCAUUUAAAAAAUUGAAAACUGUAAACAUUUUUCUAUUAA